CAUUCUGGAAUGUGUAGUUUCCGCUGCCCGCUUUCGGUGUCGAGCAUCUCGCAGCUCCCGAUUUAAUAAAACAUCCCCCGGGCCGUCAUGCCCGGCUUCACGUGCUGCGUCCCGGGCUGCUAUAGUAACUCGCACCGGGACAAAGGCUUGCACUUCUACACGUUCCCGAAGGAUGUGGAGCUCAGGCGGCAGUGGCUGAAGAAUGUGUCGAGGGCCGGUGUGACGGGCUGCUUCAACACCUUCCAGCCCACCAACGGGCACCGGGUGUGCAGCCUGCACUUCCAGGGAGGCCGCAAGUCGUACAGCAUCAAGAUCCCCACCAUCUUCCCCCUGCGGGGAGUCAACGAGAGGAAGGUCCGCAGGAACAACGCGGGGGACCGGGGCAAGAAGAGGCAGCAGCCGCACUACUCGUCCGCCGCCACCACCGUGCUGGUGACAGGACUGCCCGGGCAGGAGGAGCAGGAGGUGCUGGAGCUGACAGCCGGCAAUGCCGAGAUGGUCUUACUGGGAGCCACGGCCGGCAUGGGGGCCACCAUGGCCGGAGUCAGCGCUUCGGCAGCCGUGAUGGGCAGUGCCAUGGAAGCCAUGGGAGCAGCGGCCGGAGGGGGACCUGUGGCUGCCGAGCCGAACCCGGGGAACCUCACGGUCAAGCUGGAUGCAGGAGGAGGACUAGCCAGCCACUUCUCGUCUCCAGGUAGCCACGGGACACACCAGGGCAUCCAGGUGGUGGUGGUGGGCGAGGAGACCUACCCCAUCCCAGACUGCUGCCCAUCUCCUCUAUUCACGGACCAUUCUUACUCCAUGUCUUCCGGCACCACUACCGAGGAGCUGCUGAGGAAGCUCAACGAGCAGAGGGACAUCAUAGCCCUGAUGGAGGUGAAGAUGAAGGAGAUGAAGUCCAGCAUCAGGCACCUGAGGGUCACCGAGGUGAAGCUGAGGGAGGAAAUUCGCCAGAAGGACAAAGUGCUGUCAAUGGCAGGGGCAAAGAAAAAAGAAGGGCAUUUAUAGACUCUCAAUGGAUUGAGCUGGAUUGCUGAAAACAUAGUUUCAUUCAGUUGAAAAUAAACUAUUUGUUCUUCGUCUGUUUGAUUGGCUUUGCUAAUGGACUUGGUGUUAAUUUCCUACCAUAACAACAACAACAAACAAAAAAAAAAACUUGCUAGUGACUUUUUGAAGACACUGUUACAUUACCCGAAGGAAACCACCCUUGUAUGGCAAUUACAAUUAAUGCAUUUACAAAAAGACUACCUACCUAUAAGUUACCUGUUAAGCCAACUUUUUUUUAUUUGGGGAGGUGGAACGUGUAGUGUGUUUAUGACGUAGAAUUUAGGAUGAAAAUGUGUACCUGUAGUAUUUUGGAAAAGACUGAACAAGAAGAUGAUGCUACUUCUUACUCAUCUGAUGAUUUUGAGUAUCUAAUAAUGGAAAAUUGAGAAAACAAAUACAUUAGAGGUCAUUUAGUUUUUGCUAGUGUGUGUGCGUGCGCGCGUGUAUAUAUGUACAUACAUGAAAGUUUUCGUUUGUUAAAAAAAAAAGUAUGUGCUUCUUUAAACAUAUAGGAACACUUCAUUUUUCUGUCCACUUAUACUUAUUACUUAUUACUUAUUUGAAGAGAGAAUAAUUUAGCUGAAGCAAGGGCAGUUGCGAAAUAAACAUCAUACCCUGUACUACAUUUACAACUGUAUAGCCUUUACUUUCGAACACAAUUAAUAAAGGAUUGCAUGUCACAAAUGUA